UGCGCGAGAAGCGCGAGGGCGAUUUGCUCGUCCUCUACUUCCAUGGCCGAGCGCGCGGACUCGGAGACAAAUGGGAAUGGUAUGUAUACGCUGCCCACUUCACAUCGCAGUCAUAGUGCAACUAAUCAAUCUCAAACAGGUUACUGAGGGCCCAUCCCCGCGGCGCAGUAAGCGCUUACAACCUCGUGCACAAAAUCAACCGCACCCAUGCAGACUGCCUCCUUAUUCUCGACUGCUGGAUGCCAACCCGCGCCCUGAAAUGGAAGCGCAAAGUCGCAACGCACGGCAACACGGAAAUCUUCAGCAAAGGCGAAACAGUCCCCAACGCCCGCGGCAACGUCCCCGCUAUCGACGGAACCUUCAGCAAAGCUCUAAUCAAGAGUUCUCGUGAGUACUUCGACCUCGUCCGUCAGGGUGUCUUCAAGGCUCCAAUGUCAAUCCUCGAGGUCAUGAAGACCGCUGCUGUUGCGCGCAAUCCCCGCCGCGUGUGGUUAAAUGCUCCGAGACACCCGUACAAGGAAAAGAUUACGAGGAUCAAACUCCUGCCGUGGAAGAUUAGGGAGAGUGGAAAGCUGGAGUUUUUCCGCUACCACGUGCAGGAGCUGGAGGAGAGGUUCUGUGGAUACAGAGAGCUUUCGAAGGAGCCUACUCCCCAGGCUGGAGGCGCUGAUGAGCAAGGGGAAGAUGAAACGAUGGAUGAUGGGGGCGCCGAGGCGGAUGAUGAAGGUGUGGUGGCGGAUGUGAUGGAGGAAGGAGAGGAGGAGGGCGAGAAGCUGGAAGCUGGGAGUCAGGGCGACGACAACAAGAAUGACGAUGAUGAUGGCGACGGCAACGCGAGCGAUCAUGAUGGUGGCGGUCUCUUCGUGUCACAACGCGGUGUGUUGCAACGCGGUGUGUCACAAGGCGGGGAACCACUGACUCCCAAGUCACCGAGCCCAGAGUUCUGAGGGUGGGCGGGCUUGAAGGCGUUCGACAACGGAAAACGACGAUUGCGACACAGCAGAAGACGCACAUGGCGCGGAAAGGCAUUGAGAGAAGUGGUCUCAUCUUCGACUCACACGGCAGAGCAAGGAGACUCUGACUCAUCAGAUGGGCGAUUCGGCAUUUUGCGGGGGCACGAGAGGAACCACUCAGGCGGAACAUCGGAGC